AUGAGUCCCAAUAUCACUCUUCACUAUGAAUUCAUCAUUGUGGGACUGCCAACCCUACAGGAACAGGACAUUGCACUCAUAUUCCUCAUCCUCUUCCUGGCCACAUUCCUGAGUAAUCUGCUCAUCGUGACAUUAAUAUCCCUGGACCACCGACUCCACGUGCCCAUGUACUUCUUUCUGUUGAAUUUGGCUGUCAUAGACAUAUUAAUCUCAAUAUCCAUUAUACCCAAGAUGCUAGAAAGUCUUUUAGGUCAUAAAACCAUCUCCUUCUUAGGUUGCUUUGCACAAAUGUACUUUCUCAUCUCAUUUACAGCUAUUGAAGCAUUUCUUGUUGCAGCAAUGGCUUAUGACUGAUAUGUUGCUGUAGUGAAACCACUGCAUUACAGCAACUUAAUUAAUACCAAGGCCUGUAUUACAAUGAUGUUCACAGCCUGGGUGCUGGGCUUCCUAGUGGAAAGGAUUCCUCCUGAUGGACGCAUCAUCAUUGGUGGAUUUUAUUAUCUCAUUACCCCUUCGCUGCAUCCUAUAAUUUACAGCUUAAGAAAUGAAAAAAUCAAAGCAGCUUUUCAAAGGUACAUUAAACUAAAAGCACUGUCAUGCCAAGUCAACAAGCCAUAG